UACCACGGCACGGCUCUGUAUCUAAUCUAGACCCCAUCCUUGAACAUCGACUGAUUUCUUCGCAUCAUGCCACUAACCCCUCCACUCUUACCUUGUAAAUCGCCUGAUCUUGUCUGAGCUACAGCAGUCUGACCUGAUCCAGCCUGUUGCGAGGCCGCGACGACAUUCUCACAUGAUGAUGGGGAGCCCAAGAAUUAAUACUAAGGGAAGUCCCGAAGGCACUUCUGGGAUUGCAAGAUGGGAAGAAAAAGUCGCAUAUUUCGUAGCACGAAGAAGAUCGAAAGGAAGGAGAAGCAAUAAUGUCACCUGGAAUGGAUAACGAGGGCUUUCGUGACGCCCCAAUGCAGAACGGUGUGGACUCUGUUUCGGAAUCAGGCGAGAAUGACAGUCACGUGUUGGUCAUUGGUGCAGGACCAGCCGGGCUGAUGUUGGCGUGAGUUUUGCAAAAGGUGGCCAAAAGGCGAAGAUUGAGGCAUUCUGAUUGACGGGAACUCUUAGGUCAAAUUUGGUUCGGUAUGGCAUCAAGACAACAAUUGUUGAUGAUCGUCAAGACAGGACAUCCACGGGUAGAGCUGAUGGGCUUCAACCGAAGACUAUUGAGACUUUCAAGCAGUUGGGAUUAGCAGGACCACUUUUGCAGAAAGGAGCAAGGAUAUACGAUAUCUGUUUUUGGAACGGAACGCCGACUCAACCACUGCGUAGGAUAGGCCGUGAAAUCCACUACCCGCCAGGAGUUGUCGAUGUACAAGAUCCCUUCAUCCUCCUCGUACACCAGGGAAUGGUGGAAGAUGUUUUCCUGGACGAUUUGAAAAUUCGUGGCGUUGAUGUGCUCCGUAAUACAACGUUUUCGCGGUACCGGGAAAACUCAAGCGGUGUCGAGGUUGAAUGUACUGUUCCUGGCGACUCAGGUGUUGCAAAGCCGAGAUUAUUUACCUCUCAGUACAUGGUGGGUUGUGAUGGUGCACAUUCAAGAGUUCGAAAGUCUCUUCUCAAUGCAACCUAUGACGGUGAACGGUCAAACUCAGCGUGGGGUGUCCUGGAUGGUGUGAUCGAGACAGAUUUCCCAGAUCUGUGGAGCAAAGCCGUGAUAGCGUCAGAAACCGAAGGGUCUGUUCUUUGUAUUCCUCGAGAGAAGAAUAUGACACGUUUGUAUAUCGAACUCCACCCUGGUUCAGCACCGAUGUCCUCAGAAGCGGCAACUGAAGAUUUUGUGAUGAAGAGAGCAAAGGCCAUCAUGGCUCCAUUCAAGAUAUCAUGGAAGUCUAUAGAAUGGUUCGGCAUCUAUAAAGUCGGACAAAGAGUAGCCAAGAAAUUCUCCAGUGAAUCGGAAAAAGUAUUCAUAGCAGGAGACGCAGCACAUUCUCACUCUCCAAAAGCAGCUCAAGGCAUGAACGUGAGCAUGCACGAUGCUUUCAACCUUUCCUGGAAACUCAACCUUGUAGUCCGUGGUCUCUCUCCUUUAAGCCUCUUAUCAACAUACGAGCAAGAGCGACGCAAGAUUGCUCAAGACUUGAUCGAUUUCGACUAUGGCCACGCCACCGCAUUCGCAAGCGGCGACCCCAAAGUCCUCGCCGAGAACUUCGCAAAGAACAUCCGCUUCAUCUCUGGAGUUGGCGCAGAGUAUGCUGAGAAUGCACUCAAUAUGCCUGAGAAACUAAGGAGAGGAGCUCUCCAGCCAGGAUGUCUGAUGGUACCGGCGAGAGUGACGCGAUACAUUGAUGCCAACCCAGUGAAUCUGCAACUCGAGAUCCCCAUGAUCGGCCAGUUCCGGCUGUUCUUCUUCACGAACAACAUCAAGCUCGCUUCAACUUUCCUGGAGACUGUUUGCACGGAAGUGUCCUCUUCAAGGACAGUCCUUGGCCGUGCCACUGCUGCAGCAAACACAUCAUAUCAAGCGCGAGACCAGCCAGCAACAGAUAUGGACUCGUUCAUCCAGCCACAGCGCUAUGUUCCAGUCUCUAAACUAGUCACAUUUGCCAUUGUAACGACAAUGCCAAAAGCGCGCGUUGAGAUUGCGGAUCUGCCUCCUCUACUACAGGAUAGUAGGUGGACGUUUUUCCUGGACAAUCUGAUGCGGAUGCCUACCGCGACGGAGAAAUGGAUUGGGCAUCUGCUGGAUGGCGAGGUUGCGAUUGUGAAUAUAAGGCCGGAUGGAUAUGUAGGUAGUAUUGGGAGGUGGAAUUCGAACAGGGCUGAGUCAGGCACAGAGGCUGUGAGCUGGCUGGAUAGCUAUUAUGGGGCCUUCUUGAAAGGUUGAUCGACAUUUGCGCGAUGAUACGACUAUCGAUGAAUUAUGGUGUGGAUAAUCAUGAAAAUGAUCAGAACCAGCGAGGAUGCAAAGCGAUGGCUCUGUUGGAUGCCCGAAUGAAGUGGACUAAAUGGGCAAGCACGUGAGUGUUGAUAAGCGGGACAGGACAGUAUGAGUACGUUCUGGGACGAGCACAACAAUAUUAUCAGUACAGCGCGUCUUUUUUUCAGAGUUGUCUUUAUUAUUCAAUAUUCAGACCGCACUUUUGCGCCAGUUCGCCCCUCCCUUAUCCCUUAGUCGUUUGCUUUUAUGUAUGUUUCGACCCUAUCACCUGCUAUCAAAAUCUUGCUGUCAUCUCCACAUACUACUCGUCCCUGUCCCUUCCACCUCAUCUCUCUAAUAUCUUGCUUCUCUCUUCCGUCCCUUCUAAGCCCACUCCGUCCCAAAAACCUCAGUUCUCCUUCCUGUCCGCUCUGGUCCAAUCACGCCGUGUCUUGAUCCGAUGCUAUGGUCUGGUACUGAGCCUCUGAGGAGCUCGCGUAGGUAUUUGCUAGUAGGGUAUUUGUUAAUGUUCUUGUUGUAGGAGGAGUAGUAGGAGCAUGAGUAGUUGGUGAAGAAGCGGUCAACAGUGGAGGUGGUUAUCUUGGAAGUAGGAGGAGGAAUGUAUUUUUUGCUGUUACUGUUAAGUAGGACUGGUCUGACGGUGGUCAGGGUGAGCUUUUCUCUGAUUCCGGUGGUGGUGUUGGUGGUGUUGACAGCAGCAGGAGGAAUGUAAUUACUGUUGCCGCUGUUGACCAGGCGGAUGACAGUGGUAAGAGUGGCAGUGGCAUUGUCAACAGCAGUGUUGGUCUUGGUAACAGGACGAGGGACGCUGGUAACCUCCAUCAGUCCAGCUAGGCGUUGGAUCUUGUCAAACGAGACUCGUCGGAUUGGCUUUGGAGAGUGGACCUUCUUGACAGGCGAGUUCUGUUUAUUGUCAUCAGCUCAGUGCACACUAUCAAGGCCAAGGUCGAUGUGGAAGAUGACAACACUUACGCUGGUGACGACGGGAUGUUCUGUAGUCGCUGCGCUCGGCAGUACAAAUGUCAUGGUUGUAGCCAUGGUUUCUCUUUUCAGGAUAGGUUUGUCUGAUUGUUGGAGAGAGAACGGGG